CCCAUCACUGCAGAUUCAUUCAUGUUGUUGUGAUCUGAAAGGGCAGAUAUGAAGACAGCGCUGUGCUCGGCAGUUGCUGCUCUGUGUGCAGCCGCCCUCCUCUCUUCCAUCGAGGCUGAAGUUAAUCCACCGUCAGACUUGAAUUUUACAAUUAUAGAUGAACGUAAUGUUCAAAUGACAUGGAAAAGGCCACCAGAUGCAAUAGUGGGUUACAGGAUAACUGUGGUUCCAACAAAUGAUGGGCCUACUAAAGAAUUUACUCUUUCACCUAGCACUACCCAAACUGUCUUAUCAGAUCUCAUACCUGAUGUAGAGUAUGUUGUAUCAAUAGCUUCAUAUGAUGAAAGGGAGGAGAGUCUACCUGUUUUUGGCCAACUGACAAUUCAGACAGGUGGUCCAGGGAUACCAGAGGAAAAGAAGGUUGAAGCUCAAUUACAAAGAUGCUCCAUAAGUGCAAUGACAGAUUUAGUUUUCCUGGUAGAUGGUUCGUGGAGUGUAGGGAGAAAUAACUUCAGAUAUAUUCUGGACUUCAUGGUUGCCCUUGUAUCAGCUUUUGACAUUGGGGAAGAGAAGACGAGAGUUGGAGUUGUUCAGUACAGUUCAGAUACAAGAACAGAGUUCAAUUUAAAUCAGUAUUUCAGAAGAAGUGAUCUUAUUGAUGCAAUUAAAAGGAUACCUUACAAAGGUGGCAACACAAUGACAGGUGAGGCUAUUGAUUACCUGGUUCAAAACACCUUCACUGAGUCUGCUGGAGCAAGAAAAGGCUUUCCCAAAGUAGCAAUUGUCAUUACGGAUGGAAAAGCUCAAGAUGAAGUUGAAAUUCCUGCAAGAGAGCUUCGCAACAUAGGAGUUGAAGUUUUUUCUUUGGGAAUCAAAGCAGCAGAUGCAAAGGAACUCAAGCUGAUUGCAUCUCAGCCUUCACUGAAGCAUGUGUUCAAUGUGGCUAAUUUUGAUGGAAUUGUGGAUAUUCAGAAUGAAAUUAUCCUUCAGGUGUGCUCUGGUGUUGAUGAACAACUAGGUGAACUGGUUAGUGGAGAAGAAGUGGUGGAGCCUCCUUCAAAUCUGGUGGCUACUCAGAUCUCCUCAAAAUCUGUUAGGAUCACUUGGGAUCCAUCCACAAGCCAAAUAACUGGCUAUCGGCUUCAGUUCAUUCCAAUGAUAGCUGGUGGAAAACAACAUGUACUGAGUGUGGGACCUCAGACUACUGCUCUAAAUGUUAAAGAUCUCUCUCCAGACACAGAGUAUCAAAUUAAUGUUUAUGCAAUGAAAGGACUGACCCCCAGUGAGCCAAUAACGAUAAUGGAAAAAACACAACAAGUAAAAGUUCAAGUGGAAUGCUCACGUGGUGUGGAUGUAAAGGCUGAUGUUGUGUUUUUAGUGGAUGGUUCCUACAGCAUUGGUAUCGCCAAUUUUGUUAAAGUAAGAGCCUUUUUGGAAGUUUUAGUUAAAAGCUUUGAGAUAUCGCCUCGAAAAGUACAGAUAAGUCUUGUCCAGUACAGCAGAGAUCCCCAUAUGGAGUUUUCUUUGAACAGAUACAACAGAGUGGAAGACAUAAUUCAGGCUAUUAACACCUUCCCCUACAGAGGUGGAUCUACCAACACAGGCAAAGCGAUGACAUAUGUGAGGGAGAAAGUAUUUGUUACCAGCAAAGGAUCAAGACCAAAUGUACCGAGAGUCAUGAUUCUUAUUACUGAUGGAAAAUCGUCAGAUGCUUUUAAAGAACCUGCAAUAAAGCUGAGGGAUGCAGAUGUAGAAAUAUUUGCAGUUGGUGUGAAGGAUGCAGUGCGUACAGAGUUAGAAGCAAUUGCAUCACCUCCUGAUGAAACUCACGUUUACACAGUGGAAGAUUUUGACGCCUUUCAAAGAAUAUCAUUUGAACUUACACAGUCUGUCUGCCUACGGAUUGAGCAGGAACUGGCUGCUAUAAGGAAAAAAUCUUACGUACCUGCAAAGAAUAUGGUCUUUUCUGAUGUAACAUCUGACAGUUUCAGAGUGAGCUGGUCUCCAGCUGGAUCUGAGGUUUUGUCCUAUCUCAUUAAAUAUAAAGUGGCGGUCGGUGGAGAUGAGUUCAUUGUUUCUGUACCAGCUUCAAGUACUAGCUCAGUUCUCACCAACUUGCUACCUGAAACUACUUACGCAGUCAGUGUGAUUUCUGAAUAUGAAGAUGGUGAUGGCCCUCCCUUAGAUGGAGAGGAAACCACCUUAGAAGUUAAAGGUGCUCCUCGAAACUUAAGGAUAACAGAUGAAACUACUGAUAGCUUUGUAGUUGGCUGGACCCCAGCUCCCGGAAAUGUUCUUCGGUACAGGCUUGUAUAUAGACCGCUUACUGGAGGAGAAACAAGACAAGUGACUGUCUCAGCAAACGAAAGAUCAACUACUCUGCAGAACUUGAUCCAAGAUACAAGAUAUGAAGUGUCUGUUAUUCCUGAGUAUCAGUCUGGGCCUGGGAAUUCACUAAAUGGAUAUGCAAAAACUGAUGAAGUUCGAGGAAAUCCAAGAAAUUUGAGAGUUUCUGAUGCUACGACAUCAACAAUGAAGCUGUCUUGGAGUGCUGCUCCUGGCAAAGUGCAGCAGUACUUUAUAACAUACACUCCAGUCGCAGGAGGUGAAACUAAGGAAGUGACUGUGAAAGGUGACACUACCUCUAAAGUGCUGAAAGGCUUAGAUCAAGCCACUAGGUAUGCAUUGACUGUGUCUGCCUUGUAUGCCUCUGGAGCAGGAGAAGCCCUUUCUGGAGAGGGAGAAACACUUGAAGAACGUGGUUCACCACGUAAUUUGAUUACCACAGACAUAACUGACACUACAGUUGGGUUGUCAUGGACACCAGCUCCAGGAGCAGUUAGUGAUUAUAGGAUAGUAUGGAAAUCACUUUAUGACGAUACAAUGGGAGAGAAGAGAGUCCCUGGAAAUACAGUGGAUGCUGUGCUAGAAGGCUUGGAGCCAGAAACUAAAUACAGGAUUUCAGUAUAUGCAACCUACAGCAGUGGAGAGGGAGACCCAGUAGAAGGAGAGGCUUUUACUGACGUGUCACCAAAUGCCAGGACUGUGACAGUAGACAACGAGACAGAAAAUACAAUGAGAGUUACGUGGCAGCCUUCACCUGGGAAAGUCUUGUCUUAUCGUGUGUACUACCGACCACGCAGUGGAGGCAGACAGAUGUUUGGAAGAGUAAAUGCUCCCACUACAAGCAUAGUGUUAAAGCGACUUAAGCCACGAACUACAUAUGACCUCAGUGUUGUUCCAAUUUAUGAUUUUGGACAAGGAAAAUCAAGAAAAGCAGAAGGAACAACAGCCUCUCCCUUUAAGCCACCUCGAAAUCUGAGAACUUCUGAUUCAACUAUGUCAAGUUUCCGAGUAACCUGGGAGCCAGCCCCAGGGAGAGUAAAGGGGUACAAAGUAACUUUCCACCCUACCGAAGAUGAUGGGAGUCUUGGAGAAUUAAUAGUGGGGCCGUACGACAGCACAGUGGUAUUGGAGGAGCUUAGGGCAGGAACUACCUAUAAGGUAAAUGUUUUUGGAAUGUUUGAAGGAGGAGAGAGCAGCCCCUUGGUUGGACAAGAGAUGACCACACUUUCAGAUACUACUUCGGAGCCAUUUUUAUCUAGAGGUUUAGAAUGUAGAACCAGAGCAGAAGCUGAUAUCGUGCUGCUGGUGGACGGCUCAUGGAGUAUCGGGCGGCCGAAUUUUAAAACUAUCAGGAACUUCAUUGCCCGUAUUGUUGAAGUUUUUGAUAUCGGUCCUGACAAAGUACAGAUUGGUCUUGCACAGUAUAGUGGAGAUCCCAGGACAGAGUGGAAUCUCAAUGCUUACCGAACCAAACAGGCUUUGUUAGAGGCUGUAGCCAACUUACCAUACAAAGGAGGCAAUACUCUAACAGGAAUGGCUUUGGAUUUCAUCUUGAAAAACAACUUCAAACAAGAUGCAGGCUUACGGCCCAGAGCUCGCAAAAUUGGUGUUCUCAUCACUGAUGGCAAAUCACAAGAUGAUGUAGUCACCCCUUCAAGAAGACUGAGAGAUGAAGGAGUGGAACUUUAUGCAAUUGGUAUUAAAAAUGCAGAUGAAAAUGAAUUGAAGCAGAUUGCAACAGAUCCAGAUGACAUCCAUGCUUACAAUGUUGCAGAUUUCUCCUUCCUGGCUAGCAUUGUUGAUGAUGUCACCACAAAUCUGUGUAACAGCGUGAAAGGUCCAGGUGAUUUGCCACCUCCCUCUAACCUAGUUAUUUCAGAAGUGACACCUCGUUCUUUCAGACUGAGGUGGAGUCCACCUCCUGAGAGUGUUGACAGAUACAGAGUUGAAUAUUACCCUACCUCUGGAGGUAGCCCUCAACAGUUUUAUGUAAGUAGGAUGGAAACAACGACAGUUCUGAAAGAUCUGAAACCUGAAACAGAAUAUGUUGUUAAUGUGUUUUCUGUGGUAGAAGAUGAAAGCAGUGAACCUCUAAUCGGCAGGGAAACAACUUUGCCAAUCUCUUCAGUUAGAAACUUGAAUGUUUAUGACAUUGGAUCAACUUCCAUGCGAGUGAGAUGGGAACCUCUCAGUGGAGCUACUGGUUAUUUGUUAACAUAUGAACCUGUGAAUGCCACAGUCCCAACUACAGAGAAAGAGAUGCGUGUUGGACCAUCAGUGAAUGAGGUGCAGCUGGUAGAUCUCAUCCCCAAUACUGAGUACACUUUAACAGCUUACGUAUUGUUUGGUGAUAUCACUAGUGACCCACUCACCACCCAGGAAGUGACAUUACCUUUGCCUGGACCCAGAAGCUUAACAAUUCAGGAUGUUACUCACAGCAGCAUGAAUGUCCUUUGGGAUCCUGCCCCAGGGAAAGUUCGAAAAUACAUUCUAAGAUACAAAAUAGCUGAUGAAGCUGAUAUAAAGGAGGUAAAUGACAGGAACAUUUUUGAAA